AUGUCAGAGGAAACCUACGUCUACCUGUGCAACAAACUGCGGCCAGCGAUGGAGAGACAGGACACAGCAUUCCGCAAGUGUAUACCUCUAAAGAAGAGGGUGGCCAUCGCACUGUGGAAGCUUGCGACCGGCUCAGAGUACAGAAGCAUUGGACAUCUUUUCGGAGUGAGCCACACAACUGUGUGCCGGUGUGUGCAAGACUUCUGUGCUGCUGCAGAGACGUUGUUAGUACCGGAACUAAUUCGUUCACCAGACCGGGAGAAGUUUGCAGAAAUGGCCGACUACACUGAGCAGAGGUGGGGGCUCCCUCAGUGUGUAGGUGCUAUUGAUGGAUCACACAUACCCAUCUUGGCACCACAGGAAUACCACUGCAACUAUUUCAACCGUAAAGGCUGGCACUCCAUCAUCCUUCAAGGAGUUGUAGAUGGAAAGGGACAUUUCUGGAAUGUGUUUGCAGGAAUGCCUGGGAGCUUGCAUGAUGCUCGGGUUUUGAGGCUGUCCUCAUUGUGGGAGUUGGCCAGUCGAGGCAACUACUUUCCACCUUGCACCAGGAACAUUGGUGGGGUGAAUGCUGGCUAUUACAUCCUGGGAGACAAUGCCUAUCCCUUGCAAAACUGGCUCAUGAAAACGUUCCCUGACAAUAGACAGCUGACAGCAGAACAUGUGAUCUACAACAAGAACAUUUGCAGAGCACGGGUAGUGGUCGAAAACGCUUUUGGUAGACUGAAGGGAAGGUGGCGUUGCCUCAUGAAAAGAAAUGACUGUGAUGUGAAACUUGUGGAAUCUAUGGUGCUGACAUGCUGUGCUCUGCAUAACCUCUGCGAGAGUCAUGAAGAGGCCUAUGAUGAUGAAUGGGAUGCACCAGCAGCAGCAGUGGCACAAGGUGCAGAGUAG